CGUGCGGGGCGGGGCGGGAUGGCGGCGGUUCCUGCGGGGCUGUUCGCCGUGUACAAAGCGCCGGGGGUGGCGUGGAACAGCGUGCGGGAUGCGGUGGAGACGCGGCUGCUGCGCGAGCUCAACGCGGCCCCAGCGCGGCCCCCGCGGAGCCGCAUCCGUUUCCUGCCCGCUGCGAGCGCGGGGCCGCCGGGGCUGGUGGCCGUGAAGGUGCCGGUGUUGGCCGAGCACCGCCUGGUUCGAGGGCCCCGCUUCACGCAGCUGAAGAUCGGAGCCGGGCACCGGCUGGACGUGAAGGCAUCGGGGGUGUUCGUGCUCGGCGUUGGACAUGGGAACAAGCUGCUCAGCCACCUGCACAACUGCCACCUGAGCAAGGUUUACACGGUGAGGGGGCAGUUUGGUAAAGCCACCGAGGACUUCUCAGACACUGGGAAGCUGAUAGAGAAGACAACGUUUGAUCAUAUCACGAGGGAGAAGCUGGAACGGAUCCUCGCCGUCAUCCAAGGAACAAACCACAAGGCCUUGCUGAUGCAUUCUAACAUCGAUAUGAAGACACAGGAGGCCUAUGAGCUGGCUGUGAAGGGGUUGAUUCGGCCCAUGGGAAAAAGCCCCCCAAUAAUCACUGCAAUCCGGUGUCUUCAGUUUGCACUGCCUGAAUUCCAGCUGGAAAUCCACUGCUUGCACGAGACCCAGCAGUACCUCCGCAAAGUGGUCCACGAGAUUGGGCUGGAGCUGAAAUCAUCUGCAGUGUGCACACAGGUGCGGAGAACACGCGACGGCGUCUUCACGUUGGAUGAUGCUCUCCUGAGGACGCAGUGGAACCUGCGGAGCAUCCAGAAUGCGAUUCUGAGCUGUCAGCUGAGAGUGAAAACUGAGUUAGAGAAAACAAUGGGCCAUUGGGAUGGGAGCGUUCUGCAGGAGAUGGAUGCUGAGAUGGCUCACACUGCUGACAGCUGAUGUGUGCUCCAGGGGGAACAUCACAGCCCAUCUCUGCACUGUAACACCGCCCUGUGCUGACAGAAUGAUGGGCAGCAGAAGGAACGAGGUUAAUUGCAGCUCACCUCCACCGUUUCUUCGAGACGACUUUAAUCAGAGAGGCGAUUUUUCAUUGACAGGCUGUAUCUUUCUGGUUUUUUAAAGCAUUUUAAGGAGUUCAUUAACAGGAGUUAGCUGGGCCAAAAUCCCUGCUGGCUUCAGGAUCCUCAGGUUGCAAUGGGAUGCAGAAACCCCAUCCCAAAUUGUUCAGCAGCAGGAAACACAAGCAGCAUCCUACAAAGCUGUGUUCCCUUCAUUACAUGGGUCUACUUGCUCCUUGCAACCAGCAGCACAUCUCCCCUGCUGCACAGGUUUUUAUUUUCCCUGUUCCCCUAACAAGAAUAGGGCCUUUGCUUUAACUCUGCUUUCAGAGCCAGGAAUGAGACUAAAAGAGGGCUGCAAGGAGGGAAAGGCAGCAGGGAAAUGGCUGUCAGAGUGGAAAGAGGGACUGACAGAAAGAUGCUAACAACACAAGGAAUAAAACUGAGCGACCUGAAGGGAAAGACAAGUACACCAGCCCUUUAAUUAAGAAAAAGCUUUGUUUUUGCUGAAGGAUCAGGGGUGCUCACAUGGGCUGUGUAUCCUGCCCUCUGGUAUUGCCUCUCUGUGGAGGUUUCUGUUCUGUAACUCCACUUGUUACCCAUCAGAUCAUUGUAUGCGGAUUAGACUUAACAGAAAUAAGCUUCCUAAAUUUAAAUUAAAAAUGGUGCUGUUGUAACACGCAAUGUUUUCCUGCUAUA